AUGACCUCCGAGAGUCGCCCGCCGCCGGCCCCACUCCGCCGCGCGUGCAGCCCGGGCCCCGGCGCUCUCCAGGCGGCCUUGAUGAGCCCGCCGCCGGCCGCUGCCGCCGCUCUGGAGAGCGCCUCGUCGUCGUCGUCGUCCGCGGCCUCCGCGGCCUCCGCGCCCUGCGCCCCGGCCGCCCCGACCCCCUCGAGCGCCUCGGCAGUCACCAGCAAAGGCUUGGGCGGCGGCGGGAGCACGGGCGGAGGGGCCCCCAAGAAGGCGAGCUCCGGGCUGCGGCGGCCGGAGAAGCCGCCCUACUCGUACAUCGCCCUCAUCGUCAUGGCCAUCCAGAGCUCGCCCAGCAAGCGGCUGACACUGAGCGAAAUCUACCAGUUCCUGCAGGCGCGCUUCCCCUUCUUCCGCGGCGCUUACCAAGGCUGGAAGAACUCGGUGCGCCACAACCUCUCUCUCAACGAGUGCUUCAUCAAGCUGCCCAAGGGCCUCGGGCGGCCCGGCAAGGGCCACUACUGGACCAUAGACCCGGCCAGCGAGUUCAUGUUUGAGGAGGGCUCGUUCCGCCGCCGGCCGCGCGGCUUCAGGCGAAAGUGCCAGGCGCUCAAGCCCAUGUACCACCGCGUGGUGGGCGGCCUGGGCUUCGGGGCCUCGCUGCUGCCCCAGGGCUUCGACUUCCAGGCGCCUCCGGCGGCGCCGCUCGGCUGCCACAGCCAGGGCGGCUAUGGCGGCCUAGACAUGAUGCCCGCGGGCUACGACGCCGGCGCGGGCGCCCCGGGCCACGCGCACCCGCACCACCACCACCACCACCACGUCCCGCACAUGUCGCCGAACCCGGGCUCCACCUACAUGGCCAGCUGCCCUGUGCCUGCCGGGCCCGGGGGCGUCGGAGCGGCUGGCUGCAGUAGCGGCGGCGGCGGCGGCGGUGGCGGUGGAGGGGACUACGGGCCGGACAGCAGCAGCAGCCCCGUGCCCUCGUCUCCGGCCAUGGCGAGUGCCAUUGAGUGCCACUCGCCCUACACGAGCCCCGCGGCGCACUGGAGCUCGCCCGGCGCCUCUCCUUACCUCAAGCAGCCGCCCGCCCUGACGCCAAGCGGCAACCCUGCAGCCUCUGCAGGCCUACACUCCAGCAUGUCCUCCUACUCCCUGGAGCAGAACUACCUGCACCAGAACGCCCGCGAGGACCUCUCAGUGGGACUGACUCGAUACCAGCAUCACUCUACCCCGGUGUGUGACAGAAAAGACUUCGUCCUCAAUUUUAAUGGCAUUUCUUCUUUCCACCCCUCAGCUAGUGGGUCAUAUUAUCAUCACCACCACCACCAAAGUGUCUGCCAGGACAUUAAGCCCUGUGUCAUGUGAAUGGACAGACACUCCCGCCUGGUCCUCUCUUCACCAGGCCACAUACAGACUCUGGUGGACUCCUGAGGUCAGACAUAAUGUGCAGGCAGAUAGCAGUGAGCAGUUCACUGGUCAUGUAGUCCCAGUACCCAGGAAAGCAUUGUUCUCUGGUGUCUUUUACCAGUGAUAGGAGAACGACCUCUGGCAAGGUAUGCUCAGAAUCCACGCAGGCUCCCAAGGAGAAGGUAUCUUCCUCGGUGCAGAUGUUAAACACUAACUCGAUGAAAAACAUAAACAUGUAAUUCUGGGAUCCCCGUUGCCUUCAGUAAUCAGGGUCUGAACAAAGCAGACAAGUUGUGUUUUGUUUUUAUUUUUUUCUUUGUCUGUGAAAACUUGCAUGCUUUUUAAAAGGGAAGUGCAAAGCACAAGAUUUCAAGAAGUCCUCAUCUUGUUGCCUAGCUAAAUAGCAGAGUUCUCUUUCACCAGACACUGCUUUUGGAUGCAGGUACCAAAGAACAUCAUUACCAGAGUAUUUAGAAAUAAUGUGCCUAGUUUAAGAAAAUGAUUUUCAGUAUUGUGACAACAUUUUUACAAGGUUGUUUUCUACCACCGUAUUUUAAAGAUAUUUUUAUGAUCUUUGUGUAUACUCACACUCUUGCUUGUAGUUUAAAAGGAGGAUAUAUUUGCACUUACUCCGUAUACUUUUACAGUUUGCCAAAAUAUUUUGAUGUACAAUUUUUUUUCCAA